AUGACACCUGUGCACUUUGCUUUCUCAACAACAUUUAUUUUAGGACUUAUAGGAUUAACUUUUCACCGAAAUCAUUUACUCUCAGCCCUUUUAUGUUUAGAAGGAAUGAUAUUAUCAUUAUAUGUUGCUUUAUCCUUAUGAACACUUCAAUUAAAUUCGAUUAGCUUCUCCCCCACCCCUAUACUAAUACUUGCUUUUUCAGCAUGUGAAGCAAGUGCUGGGUUAGCCCUGUUAGUAGCAACCUCUCGAACACACGGGACUGAUCGCCUUCAAGCCUUAAAUAUCUUACAAUGUUAA